CAAACGACUGAAGGGCAGUACUACUUUCCCAGAUAUUCCACAGCGACAUCAUGGGUAAAGACAGAAGGAAGAGUACCACUGGCUGCUUGGCUGCAGCUUUUAUUCUUGGAUGUUACUUGGUGCAAAUGGCAGAUUGCCUUCGACUGACAAAAAGCGAGAGACUAUCAGCGCGAAAACAGUCUGAUGUGACCUCCAAGAUUGGCGUUCAGGAGGGCUCCAUUGUGUUCGGGGAAGAUUUUGAGAAGGAGUUGCAAGACACAGAUGGAAUCAAGAAAGCCUCUUCCAAUGCUUCUGUGGAGGAUGAAUCAAAUUAUCAAGCAGAUUUUGCAGGAUGGACCAAGCCAGAAAUUGACGAUCCUUAUAAAGAGAAAUGGAACCGCAUGGCAACAUCUCUACACUGUUUUAAGGACUACAUGAAGUUUAGAUCACUUGGACCAGGGGCAUCUCAGCUCUCUGUGGAUCAAGGAAAUGAACCUCCAAUGCCUUUAUCUAUGGUGCCCUCAAAGUGUGGCUACAAAAUGCAAGGAAACCCUAUGGCAUUUGUCAUGAUGGUUCCAUAUGAUGGCUGCAACAUGAUUCAGCAGGGUGACAAAUACAGGCUACCACUGCGUUGGCAUGGAAAUCGAGUCUCUCUUUUGUGCCCCAAACGUCUACAGAAAUAUCAGUGGCUGCAGGACCUAAGGGUGCCCCAGAAUCAUCAGUUGCUCCAGGACCCACAGGAGCCCCAAGUACCGCAGGAGCCCCAGUACCCACAGGGGCCCCAGUAUCCAGAGGUGCCUCAACCACCGCAGUACCCACAGGAGCCCCAGUAUCCAGAGGUGCCUCAACCACCGCAGUGGCCCCAGUACCUGCAGUGGCCCCAACCACCACAGGAGCCCCAGUAUCCUCAGGUGCCCCAACCACCGCAGUGGCCCCAGUAUCCACAGGUGCCUCAACCACCGCAGUACUCACAGGAGCCCCAGUAUCCACAGGUGCCUCAAUCACUGCAGUGGCCCCAGUACCUGCAGUGGCCCCAACCACCACAGGGGCCCCAGUACCCACAGGUUUCUCAGUAUGUCAUGUUGCCUUGGUAUCUCCAAAAGCCACAGGACUCCCAGGAUCCCCAGCUGCUCAAUGACCCUCAAUUGCCCCAGAAUCCACAGAUGCCCAAAGACCCUCAAAUGCCCCUGUACCCGCAGAUGCCCCAGUAUUCUCUGCCUCCUCUGCCCUGGUAUCUCCAGAAGCCAAAGGAGCCCUCUGUAACUCAAGCUCCCCAGGAAAUGCAGGAGUCUGUUUAUUCAGACCCGCUGUUGGCAUAUCUGUUCUCACUGGCAGCAGCUCAAGCAUCAAAUUCUCAAAAUCCCUCUUUUCCUCAGCAAUUUUCUUAUCCCGUUCCCAUUGCAACCAGACCUCCAACCACAUCUGCACCUACAGUUGCCAGUAUCUCCCAGGGCCCGUUUGACUCAUACUUUCCUUGGCUAUUUGGGUAUCAGUUUCCAAACAUGCCUCCCUUUUUCCCUCCAAUUCCUCAGUAUCCUAAUCCCACACCUGCAUAUCCUAACCCCACACCUGUUUAUCCAAGUCCUACACCAGGAAACCAAGUAACUCCCACUCCACAGUACCCAGAUGUGAAGACAACCGCACCUCCUACAACUACUCAGACUCCGACAGCCUAUCCUGUACAAUUUUAUCCACCUGAGUAUCUGCCUUUUCUUCCAAAUGGAAAGAACAUCCCUAGUUGGGCUUUCUCCUUUCAAGAUUGAUAUUCAAUAAAAUGUUUAAAUUAAA